CUCAAGCUUAAGCUAUGAGCUUCAGCUCUUAAAUUUUAUAUCCAACGAAGCCACGCCAUGGCGUUCCUCAAAGCUUGCCUAUUGGCAAGUCUACUUGAGGCCCAGGGCAACAAGUUCUUUUCUCGCGAGUCUGAUGCAGCAAACAAUUCCGAUUGCGCCAUGGUGGCGGGCGAAAACGUGUGUGAGCGCUGGGUGCCAUUGUGGGGCUGUGACACCCCCUGGAGUGUCUACUGCAGGGAGGACCAUCCUCUAGGCCCGGACCACAACGAAGAUACCUUGGACACGAUGUGCCACGCCCAUUGCCUGCACGCGAUCGUGAACGGGACCAACGGGACGAAUAUCACCCAGGUGGUGGAGCAGAAGAUGGAAGCAAUUCAGGCGAUGAUUCGAAACCUCUACAAGCUCGCGGCAGAGGCCAGGGCAUCGGGGAAUCUGGAGAAAGCCAAGCAUCUGGAAGAGGUGGCCAACGCGGAGGCUCAGAGGGAGCUGGGCUACAUCCCAGGCCUGGACCUCGAUCCGGAGCUCCUUGAAGCUGAGGAUCAGGCGGCCCGCGCUGCUGCCGUGAGGGUGGUCGAGUCUGACUUUGAGGGCGAAACAGAUGUGAUCUUCAGCGGGGUGAGGAUCGACCAGGGCAUCGUGCAGCACUACCAUGACUCCAUCCGCUCCCUGGGCAUCGAGUGUGGCGACAGAGAGGAGGCCGAUGAGCUAGCACAGUCGGAGCAGGAGACACUUCUCAAGGCCGCCAACAGUACCGGGGACCUCACCAAGUUCCAGUCAAACCAAGGUAAGGACACCGCCGCGUACAUGGAGAACCAAUGCAGCGAAGACACCUUGGACCUCGACUUCUUCAUAGGCAACCUGCAGCCGGCUCAUCACCUACAUGCGAACAGCUCCUACUUGCUGCAGGCCUACUCUGUGAAGAUGCACCGUAUGUCCCACCAGUUGGAGUUCCAUGCAAAGGCCGCUAUGGUGCUCCAUGACGACUCCAACGGCUUGGCACAUCACUUCGUGGCGCACCUCAAGCACCAGGACGCUGCCCGCGUUGCGAAAGCCACUGGCAUCGCACUGGAGAGCCCCGAGCACUUGAAGACCUCCGUGCACCACUUGCUGCACGAGGUGGCGCGAUCCGACCUCACAGACAAGCAGGUAGCUCGCAUGCACCAGCUGGAUGAAAAGCAUCACGAAGCCAUUCACGGGGAGAGCAAGGAGAUGAUGUGCGUGAACCAUGCCAAGAGGCAGCAAAAGGCACCGGCGGCCUCGCCGCUCCACAGUCAGGCGGUCAAGGAUUACAUUGACUGCAACUGUGAGCAGAACCAGCCGACGAUGGUGUGCCAGGCCAAGCACGGCAUGGCCUUGCGCCAAGAAGCCAAGCAGCUGGCGCAGAAGUUGUCCCAAGCCACGAAGGCCAUGCAGCUGGACAUGGACCAGGCGAAAGAGGCGUCCCUCGCGGCCCUGGCCCGGGCCGAGCACGACGCCGCCCUGGUGGCCCCGGACGCCGACGCCUACGCCGCGUUGGCCAGGAGACAUGGCUUGCAGUCCAACGCCAGCAAGGUGGCCAUCGGACCCUGCAAGACUCCCUUCGCUUGCAAGGUCUGUAUCAAUGGGGCAAAUUGCAUUGAAGCGCCUUUUCCGAAGACGGGGAAGGACUCCUUUGAGGAGCUGAAGACGAUCUUUUCCAGAUCCCACAAGCCACCAUGCCUGAGUGGAGGUUGUACGGCCUGCCUGGCGCUUGCCCCGCCCAUCGAGCCGAUCCAGUUCAAGGCAACUAUCGGGUUCCAGGCCACCUGCACCUCCAAUCAUGCAAUGCUGACGUCUUUCGCCAUCACCCUCAGCUUCCACGUCUGCGUGGGUGGACGGGAAAUGCAGGAGGUUUUAGAGUGGCUGGGGAUCAGCUGCAUGCAGAUUGCUUCAACCAGGUACCACCCCUUCAUCGGCAAGCUGGUCCCGGCCUCCUUUAGCCUCAACCUGGUUGUGGUGCGUGUUACUCUGGAGGCGAGCGUCCCAGUGCACGAGCUGACCCAGCCCUGCUACGACCAUUGCAAGACCUCGAAGGUCAAAAACGACCAGAAGAGGAUCUGCGAUCUGAUGGGACAUAUAUUUCCGUUCAGCAUGGUCUGCGCGAGGUCGGCUUACGACAACUGUGUGACUAUCUUCCAGAACGCUCGGGGCAAUGGAGACCUGAAGAUGAAGAUUGAUUUAGGGCUCCUCUGGUGGUGGGAGACCGUCUACACCAAGAAAUGGUACUUCUAAUGGGUGUUUUUUUUGUUGC